AAUGAACGAACUAUGGAUACAACAAUCACUGGAGGCAGCUCUCAUUGGCCAUGCUGAAUGGCAGAAGCCAGACACAAAAGAACCAACACGUACGGUUUAAGUCUGGAUGAAAUGAGAGCUUUGACAAAUCAGCGAGUGAAGUUUGUCCUAAGUCUCCCUCUGUUAAAGCGUGUAUUCCAGGAACAGGAAGAAAGAAGGAGGAAUUUCAUCAGUCGAAGCCUUGCCCUGGCAGAAGUUGUCUGCAUAGCGGACACGGCCACCUGUGUGAAGUGUGGAAUCAUUUCUUUCCUAUUUGGCGGUACCAUCCUCAAUCUUGGAAGUUCUGAACAUGUUAUCAAGUGGUAUCAGCAGCUCAAGGAGCUGAAGUGUACCGGGAUGUUUGCAAUGACUGAGAAAGGCCAUGGGAGCAAUGUGAGACAGAUCCAGACUGAGGCCACCUUUGACCUUGACAAUCAGGAGUUCGUGAUUGACACGCCGUGUGAAGAUGCCCAGAAGAUGUACAUCGGCAACGCCAUGGAUGGGAGCUGUGCUGUCGUCUUCGCCCAGCUCAUCAUCGAGGGAAAGUCGCAAGGGCCCCACUGUUUCAUCGUUCCUAUCAGGGAUGAGCAUGGAAACUUGUAUCCAGGGGUGACAGCUAUUGAUAUGAUGCAUAAAGAAGGUCUGAACGGUGUGGAUAACGGAAUUUUGAUGUUUGACAAGGUUCGGAUUCCAAGGGAGAACCUGCUGGAUAAGUUUGGUUCUGUGGCUCCAGAUGGACAGUACUAUUCACCCAUUCAAAACAAGAGUACAAGAUUCAAUGCAAUGCUGGCAACGCUCACCUCUUCAAGACUGGCAGUGGCUUUCAACGCCAUGAGUACCAUGAAGCUUGGACUGACGAUAGCCAUCCGCUAUAGCCACAGCCGAAGGCAGUUUGGGCCCAAGGGCAAAGAAGAGGUGCGGAUCAUCGAGCACCAGAUGCAGACGCUCAGGCUGAUGUCUCACCUGGCCACCGCACUGGCCCUGACCUUCACAAGCAGGCAUGCAGCUUUCAUCCUGGAUGAAAACAUCUUCCAGGGGAGGGAGCUCAUCAACAGUCGCUCGCUACAGGCUCUGAUGGCGGGUCUGAAAGCCUACAGUACCUGGGAGACCAUCAGCUGCCUACAGGACUGUCGCGAAUGCACCGGAGGCAUGGGUUACAUGAUGGAAAACCAAAUCUCAGGCCUGAAAUGUGACACGGACGUGUUUGUAACCUUUGAAGGUGACAACGUAGUCAUGCUUCAGGUUGUGGCCCGGGAACUGCUGGCCCAGUACAACAAGCAGUAUGAGAAGAACCCAAUCUUGGGACUGAUCCAGAACUGGACUGCCACUGCCAGUGACAAGCUGAGAACCAGUUUCCUGGCAUUUAACACUGACACAGUGGGCCAUCUCACCUUUCUGCUAAAAGCAGUGGAUUUUCGAGAAAGGGUUCUUCAGCGGAGUUUGGUGUCCAGGAUUUACUAUAAGGUGGUAACCAAGAAAGGGGAUUUCUUCAGUGCCUGGAACUCCUGCAUGCACCAUAUCACCUUACUGUCUCUGGCACACAUCCACAGAGUUGCAUUAGAGCAGUUCACGCUGGCCGUGAGGCACUGUCCGGACAGGGAGGACCAGGCCUUGCUAAUGAAGUUUUGUCUGUUGUAUGGGACCAAGCUGGUGUUCCAGGAGCGGGGCUGGUACUUAGAACAUAAGUACCUGACUCCCAAGGCCAGCAUGCGGAUCAGGGCUCAGUUGCUGGAUUUGUGCGAGUCCGUGAAGGAUGACGCCCUGAAGGUGAUCUCUGCCUUUAACAUUCCACACACCAACCUCCAUGCACCAAUCGCAGGAAUUCCCAACCCCCGGGCUGCCUGGGCCUUCUAUCCCGCGCCUACGCCAACGCUGGUGCGGGAAGGGGCGCGCUCCCAGCUGUCCAAGCUGUGAGCCAGAGACUAUUAACCAGCAGGGCAAGAAAUGUAGUGGCCCGUCCGCAGCUUGCCAUGGAGUUCCCUUCAAAUACUCCCAGAGCUGGAGCAGGGGCCGAAGUGACAGGUGCACGACCACCAUACUCGGGAGUUUUGGUCAUAUAGAGGAGGAGAUCCGGCUAAGGUUGGCAAGGCUCAGGACAGGUUAGAGGGAGUAGGGUGGGGGAGGGGGGAGGUGCGGGAGAAGGAGACUAGAUGGAAUCCCGGGGAGUACAGUGAUUUACCCUGGUCUGUUAACCUCUCCUGGCCCUUGCCUUGACUUCUCCCAGCCGCUGCGCUGGAUCCUCAGACGAUCCAGUGGUCUUGCCCAGAGCCUGAUGCCACCAAAGACCUUUGCUGUCAUCGGUGACUCAGAUUCCAAGUGACUUCGAAAAACUCUGGUGCUGGGUGAAAAAAAAAAAAUCAAAACAUAAAAAAUCAAACACCCUCGGGCAAAAGGGGCGGAGGAAAGCUCCACCCACUCCAAGUGCGGGCAAAAGUUCAGCAAAGGGUGCUUAGUGAAUCAGACUUGCUUCCAGCUCUGCUAGAAAACGGGCUGACGAGAGAGAGGGGAGCGUGAUCCUGGAGUCGAGCUGGUCUCACCAGGCACUGGGUCACCAGCUGGUUGGAGCUCUGCGGUCCUUGCCGCCGUCGCCGUCACCGGAUUCCUGCAGUCUCUCUGCGAACCGUGCCCCACUUGCAUCUGCACAACCGCUGCUGCUCCCCCGCCGCCACCGCCUCGGCGCCCUUCCCCUGGCCCUCGUCCCCCCAAUGUCUGACUCUGAUUCUCGGACUGAGAAACGCAAG